CCAAUAUAUUAUUCGUCCACUGAUUUAGACUAUUCUAGGACGUUAAAAAGGGUAAAUCUCACAACAGGCUCACUAUUACCAAGGAUAUUCAAGAGUUCAUGGACAACGCGACAGCUGGAGUCAUCCUGUUCGCUCUUGGAAGUGUCAUUCCUGAUGAAACGAAACCUACAAAAUACUUCACUGGCAUUGCCAACACCUUCAGGAAGCGGCCUCAGAGAGUAAUAUGGAAGACAAGGAUGGAGAAAAUUGAUAAUCUACCAGAAAACGUGAUGCUGGUGAAAUGGAUGCCUCAGAGCGACAUUUUGGCUCACCCUAACUGCGUGUUGUUCAUCACCCACGGAGGCGCUGCCAGCUUCUAUGAGACUAUACACUCCGGAGUGCCCGUGGUCGGCAUCCCUCACUUCGCCGACCAACACCGCAACGUCGCCUACUACGUGGCCAAGGAGGUCGGGGUCAGGCUCCUCCCUGAUCAGGUGUCCGAGACCACACUUACCACCGCUAUACGAACUGUACUUGGCAACACAAAAUAUCGAGAUAACAUGAGAAGGCUGUCUCGUAUACUCCAAGAUACCCCAAUGUCAUCGAAGCAAGCCGUCGUCUUCUGGACCAACUACGUACUACGUCAUCAAGGGGCUGCCCACCUCAAGCCAGCGACAGCUAAAAUGUCUUGGUACCAGCGAACUCUACUUGAUGUCAUGGUGGUUAUUGUUUGUUUGUUUAUAGUUAUUCUGGUUAUGUUUUAUGUUUGUUUGAGGGGUGUGCUUCAUUUAUAUCGAAGACGGAGUAUUUUAGAAGUGUUUAAAGAAAAGAAAUAUGUUUAGUACUUUCGUUUGCCACAACUCACAACUCGCUGUACCGGAUUUGUAGUGAGAUUCUGUAAAAUAAUUUGACACUGAUGUACAGUACAGUGAAGUGAUUGUCAAUUAGGUAAAGUAAGAGCCUAGUGCCAUGACAAUAGUGUAAAAGUUUGUUCAGUACUUACGGAAAAAGAUGAAUGUGAAAGAAGGCAAGGCAAUAUAAAUGAAUCAAUUGAUCAAUUUAUUGAGAUAGGGACGCCACCUAGGUGCGUGUUUAACCCAAAUAUGAGUGAAUGAUGAGUGUAAAAUGGCGUGUAAUGAUCUGUGUAGCUUUGUUCCUGACUAAGAUCAGCUGUUUAAUCAGUUAGUAUCAUUAUUUAAAGCCCAAUGAACACAAGGAACAGCUGGGCCCAGUUUCGAACCAUCAAAAAGCUACUGACUUUUCUCAGGAUCGAACCAGCGACCUUUUAAUUGUUUGGUGAGCAUAAAUGCAAUGGCGAGUGAAAAUAAAACUAAUAGUAGGAAGUUUUGUGUGGACAGGAAGCAAACGGGAAACUGUUAAUUAAUAGGAAGAAGGACUGAUAGUCGAAAAACUUAGAAUUGUGAUUUACAAAGUAAGUUACAGGUAAAUAAUAAAAUCACUUGGACUAGUCUUAAGGAUCAAAUAAAAAUAUAAUGGGGAAAAUAAUAAAUUUAGCAUAUUUCACUAAUGAAACCUCAUGUGUGUGUUAUAUUUAAUCUUGAUGUAUUACUUGUUUGUCUUUUAGCUAAAUAAAUCCCCUAACAGUUAAACAACGACUUCCAUUUCUUAU